AUGCUUCGCCGCGGUUUGCUAUCAUAUCUCCGCUCGUUCUUCGCCUCAUCAUCUGUCUCAAGCUUCCGUCUCCCAGCGCCGUGGUGCCAUCACCGAAGAUCUCCAAUUUUAACCCUCAGUUCAAAUUCCUUCGAUCCGGUUUCAUUAUCGCCACCCUUAUCAAUUUCCACCACUGUUGCGAACAACGUCAGCAUCUCACACCACCAUGUGAAGUUGUUGUUGCACAAGAGAUUGCAGAAGUUUGUUGCCAAGAGGGAUGAAGGAUUUGUCGUGGUUGUUGCAGAGAAGGAUGAAGUAUUUGUUGUGGUUGUUGCAGAGAAGGAUGAAGGAUUUGUUGUGGUCGUUAUAGAGAAGGAUGAAGGAUUUGUUGUGGUCGUUGCAGAGAAGGAAGGUUAUAAAGAUGGUGGAUAUUGA